GUAAAAAAUACUAUAUUCUAUAAUAAUAAAAUUCUCCGAAAUUUAUCAAAGUUAGUAUAUUAUGUGAGGUUUCUAGAGAAAGGAGAAAUAAUUCUACAUCAUCUACGUUAUUUAAUGUUGGAUUUCACACGCGUAGUUAAAUUUUCCAGAAAUUUCAGAUAUUUUUGUGUGGCUGUAUUGAAGUCAAAUUUUCACCAAGGGCCUUGGAAUAUUUUGUAUUUUGGUACAGAUCAAUUUGCAGUUAGAUCAUUGGAUAGUCUUAACAGGUGUUUAAUUGGAUAUAUUUAUAUUUAGAGGAUUAUCAGGGAGGGGGUUAAUGUGCUAAAUUUGGAAUACAUUUGUUAUUAAUAGUUUACUUUUUAUGGGUAAUUAGAAACUAUUAAGAGUCUGUAAAAGAGAGAUACCUAAUUUAUAAUGGGCCAUUCCAUUUAAAUAGGCACCCCACCCUCCUAUUGAGGGGUCCCUUCAUAAUGCCCUUAGGAUAUAAAAAAAUUGGAACCCCCUUGGCCUUGGAUGCAAAUUUUGUGGAAGGUAUCCCACAGACAUCUUGCUAACCCCUUUAGGAUAUUGCUUUUUUCCCUCUUGGAUAUCUCUAAAACACUUAAUUUUUGCCAUUUUUUAAAAAAUCUCUCAAACUACCCUCUAGGAAAAUUUAAGAUGAAGGCCCUGGCCCUCCUCCCCCAUUGGAUAUCCAAGGGGGAGGGGGGGGGGGGUGGUAGUUGUAGUGGUGCACAUAUUAAAUGGAAUUGGCCCAGUCAGAGUAGCAUCCCUCUAAUUCAAAUUCUUGCUAGCUACAAUCUUGGCCAAAAACCGUAGAAUGACGGACGUUUCUCUCCUUAUGUUAUGAUAUCAUCUCCUCCAGGAUGAAAAAUGAAAUGUUUUUUUUUCCACACAAUAGUGUGCAUCCAUUGGUUUGGGAAUCUGUUAAAUCUGGUCCAGGCGUCCUGGGACGCCCCUAUAACGAAAAAUGGACACCCAAAUUCUGGGGGAAAAGGGAAAUUAUUUUCAAUUAUUUCCCUAAAUAUAUUAUAUAUAUCUGAAACGAAAUAGCUUCAGUUCUCAUUAUUAUUAUACAUUUGACAUUUUGAUCCAUUUAAUGGUGUACCUGGCUGAAUGAAAAUGUCAUGAUAGUAUAGGUAAAAAAGCAUAGUGGCACAAACUCACAAAGCAAAGUGUGUUUGAAAAAUGUUGAACGAGAUUGGAACAGAUACUGACAUGAAUUAGUAACGUAAACUUCAAAGGUUUUCAAGAGGAACGUUUUCUCUAACCCCACCCCUUUACUGCAGAUGUUUCGUUAUACCAAAUUUGGACGCCCUCUUUUAGGACCCUAGCUGGCUAAAAGCCUGAUUUGCAGUUAAUGAUUAUAAAUAGAAUAACCUAAUGCCAACAUUUAAGAGUAAAAUUGUCUGACAUACAGUUGUAUUGUAUCUACCUAAUGUUCUAUCAACCAUUGGAGGCAUGUUUCACACUUUAUACUGACUAAAUUAAUAAGUUAUGAAUUAAUUGUGUUCAUGCACAAUAUAUAUUUGUAUAUUUGUAUAUAAUACGGUUCAAAUAGUGACAAUAUUGUAAAUAAUUGUAGUUUUGAUGCAGGACUCCACUAAAAGCAUCUAUGUGAUGUGGGUAUCCUGGAUAAAUAUAAUAAUUACUAUCAUUACCUAGCUACAAUUAAGGCACCAAAUUUGCUUCAAGCGUUUCUUAUCACUUCAGUGAAUACAAUCAACUACCAAAAGUUCACCUUUGUUGCUUGUUGUGUUCUUAUUUCUAGUCUCAAAGUAAAUAGCAGUUUAAUCAACAAUAUUGAAGUCAUCUGUCCUGCUGAAAAGAGAAGAGCAAAGGUCAAAUCUUCAGUUGUCUUCUUCGUUGGGUUGUUCCAGAAAAAGCCACACUUUUCCUGCGAAGGAAAUCUCUUCCAUCUGAAUGGGUGGGAAUGGAGUCUAUUUCUGAUUAUAGACAGCUAGCAGAAGAUAGGUUUGAUAGAGUGGGGGAGCCGAGUCCGAGGGCAGCUACCCCUGAAAAUUUUGAAUGAAAUUUACAAUCUAUGAAGUGGCAUUCUAAGGAGGAAUUUAUAUUCGUUUUGCAUUUUUAUAGGCUGCAACCCUUUGACACCGUUUUGUAGUGGGUUCACCCCUUUCACUUCUUUCAACUGGUUUGCCUUCUAGCCCCUCUCCCUGAAAUAAUGGUUGAACAUUUCCAUGGAAUUGGUCAGAGUCAUUUUGUCCGGAUAAAGUGACACUUCUUGAAAGACUGAUUCAACCAUAUACGCAAAGAAUACGAAAUUGUUUAAGCCAUUGAAUUAACCCAUUGAGUGGCAACACUCUCCCCCCUGACAAGCAAAAUCGUCUGGCAUUAGACAGAGUAAAAUAACAAAAUGGGGCACAUCUGGGCGCAUUGCUACUUAAGGGUUAACAGGGUACAUGACCAGAUAGUCUGAUUAACCCAUUGAGUGGCAACACUCUCCCCCUGACGAGCAAAAUCGUCUGGCGUUAGAGUAAAAUAACAAAGUAGGGCGCAUCUGGGCGCAUUGCCACUUAAAGGGUUAAUGUAAAAGCAUUUUAACUGUGUAGUGUUUAGCAUGAAGUAUUAAGGCCCGGUCACACUACACAACGAUAACGAUACGAUAAAUUGUAAACACGUGAUAAUUGGCAAAAAAAUUAUGUUAGUGUCAACACUACAACGAAAAUGAUAAAAUUAUCGUUUGACGAUAACGAUAACGAUUUUAAAAUCGCUCACCUGAGCGAUUUUUUUUUCAGUCGAACGAUAACGAUAAAUUUUUGACCAAUCAGCGCGCGUAUACAAGUUAUCGUAUCGUUAUCGUUGUGUAGUGUGACCUGAGCUUUAAUUGUAUAUUGGCUUCUUUUGCGUACCCAACGAAGGCAUAGAUCGAGUCACAGCGAAAUAGAAAAAAUGUUGGACCAAAUUUGAAAGUUUCCGAUCAAAUUUCAUUUUGGACGGGCAUUUUUCCGGACAAUUUUUGAACAUUAUUUUGGGCUCUGCUCAUUUUGUUCCAGGAAUAUUUUCUUUGAUUGUAUUAUAAAUUUAUUACUUAAAUUUCAGGAUAUUAAACAAAACAAAAAUAUUUCAACUGUCAGACAGUUUGCAGAAAUAAAUGGAUUACCAAUUCACAACUGGCCUGUGGACAAGAAAAAGUAAUUAAUUUUUAUCAACAACUUAUCAGUAACUUUACUGUACAUUCCGUGCACGCAGUAUCUUCGAACUUUUACUAACUGUAAUUAUGGUAUGUAUAAACAUUAUCUUUGAUUUUAGUGUAGAUUUUCUCUCGAGGUUUCAUCUGGGCAUUGUGGUUUCAUUUGGUCAUUUUAUACCAUCAUGGAUAAUACGCAAUUUGCUCUGGUAAUUGGAGAACAAUUUCGUUUUAACUUAUCUAAUUGGUAUUUUAGAGUUGGGAUUGUUUACAGCCCACAAAAAAUUUUGUCGUAGCAUUUUCCACCAUCUAACGUCUGAAACAACAAAUAAUUGAUCGAUUCAAAACUAUAGCCGCUACAAUCUUACAUUGUUUUAUAUCUUAUGCAUUACCAGGCCAGUAGGCAGUAUAGAUAAUUUUUUAACUGACUGCUAACUUAAGGCAAAUUUCUCAAAGACAAUACUUUAAUUAACUCUUUAAGCCAUAAUAAUUAUUAUAUUAUUUUAUAUAAUAAUUAUUAUUAUAUGGCUUUUCAAAAUUCUCUAUUCCGAUUGGUUGACAAGCGGUCCGUAAAAACCCAUAUCCGGACCGUGGUCCGUAUUUUCCGCAUCUGGAUCGGUGUCCCGGAUGUCGUUUAUCUGGCGGGAAAUUUUUGCUUUGCAAACAGAAAAAUUUUUUGCUUUUUAAUUUUCCAAUUGUGUGUCAUUAAAACUUACAGAUAAAAUAUCAAACUUGGCAACCACAUUGUUUUUGAUUGAGCAUGCAUGCCUACCGUAUAUUGUUACCCAGUGAAAUUGACGAUAGCCGAUUUAAUUCGCGCGAAAAGCUCACAGACUCAGUUCAGCCAUAUAAUAAACCGAUUAUUAACCUCCCUUGUUCAGUCUGUACUGUGAAAUAUCAGACCUCUGUUUUUUGCAUGGACCUCGCUCCUUCGUCGCUCGAUCCAUACUAAAAAAACCUCGGUCUGAUAUUUCACAGUACAGUACAGACCUCACGCUCGGUCAAUAAGCCGUUAUUAUAUUAAUUUCAGCUAUAGGCUUAGGAGGAAAAAGAAUGACAACCAUUUUUCGAAUCGGUCUAUAGAAUUAAUGUGUAAUCUUAUUUUUUGAAUCACUUUCGAAGUGGUAUAAUUCUAUAUAUAGUCGGGAAUUAAUUACCUUAUGUCUUAAUGAAGCAAGUAAUUGUAAUUUAAUAAUUGUCCUUUUUGAGUAGUAAUUUUGCAGCUCUGAAAAUAUGCAGAGAAGCACAGUCCUGGCUCCCAUUUACAGACAGACAGUCAGUUCUGGUACAUUGCACAUACCAUAUCAUAUGUUACUUUAAAAAAAACACACAUUUACGGUAUAUAAUGGUAAAUCAUUACUUUUUCAGUGGAGCAAUAAAUGUUCAUCCUUCAUUACUUCCGAAAUGGCGAGGCCCGUCACCAAUAGUCAACACUCUUCUUAAUGGGGAUACUGAGACUGGUGUAUCUAUUAUUGAAGUGUCCCUCAAAAAGUAAGAAAUUUAACCCUUGCAUGAGUGUUAGUGCUGUUUUUGAAUAGCUAGAGGGUGAGUACUCAUAUAGUAAGGUACGACACUAACUCUCCAGCUAUUCAAAAACUGCAUUGACACUCAAGGGAAGCUCAGAUUGAACCUCCACCAUUUGAGUGUUAGUGAGCUUUUAGAAUAUACAGGCGAAAGUCUUUUUGAUAACUGUAUUUUAACUGCAAACGUUCUACGUUACUCUUGGUGAUUCUUCAGUGGAACAAGAAUGUAUCUAAUAGAUUGACCUGUCCAUUUAAUUGAUAAUUUUAUCAAAGACAAAGUACUCUUUUCCUCUUUAUUCCUUAGGUUUGACGCAGGAAAUAUUUUGUUGCAAAAGAAAAUUCAAGUGAGAGACGAAACAUAUGAGGGGGUGAGGCAAUAUCAGUUUUAUCGCUUGAGGGACGACAUCAUUAAGAUGUUAUGAGCGCGCGCGCAGCGAACUAGGGACAUUUAUGAUAUCGUCCUGAAUGCGACAACUGAUUUUGCCUCGUCCCGAUUAUCCAGGUGUAGAAAAAGACGUUUUACUUUCUGGGAUCGCGAGAGGUUCAUUGAAAACUUUAAUGCAUGCAAAUAAUCAAGUAAAUCGACACUCAGACACUGUGUGUUUCUUUCUUGGGGAAAUAUUUUUUGGUCCGAUACUUUUUUCACCCCUGCGAUUAUGAUCACCUGUUUAUUGUAUAUAUAUAUACUGUACUUGUGACUUUGUCACAAGAAUUUAUUAGAAUAUUAAUCAUUAGCAUAAUGAAAAAAAUAUUAACAUAGCGGAACAAAAAGCGAUAUCAGCGACAAAAUACGACAUCAGCGAGACAGCUACAUAUCGCGGAAGUCUUUUUAAUUCUUUUAGGAAGUUCAGACCGAAACCACGGCAGCUCAUUGUGAAUACUACCUACUGUACUUACUGUGCAUUGGAAGCCCAUGCACGAUAACUGGUAUCAAAAAUGCGUCUUUGCUUAAAACCUGACUGAACCUUUAUACAAACAUUUAGAUCCCUCCGAAUACGACAUACGAGGGACUGUCAGAGGAAUUGUCUAUAUUAUCUUCGAAUAUGGUGAGAUACAAGAAUUAGUAACAUAAUGAUUCAUUUUGCAAGAAUAUUUUACGCCAAAUUUGUUUCAUUUGUUUUUAAACGCAAUAAUUCUAUAAUUUAUAACUUUAUAUAGCUUCUCGAUGUCUUAACAAAUUUCACGGAAUUAAAAACGUUGGCCAUCGCCCAAGAUGAAAAAAUGGUCACAGAAGGUGGGAACUGUAACACCGCGGAAAAACGUCUGCGCAUGCACCAAAUUAUGAAAAUAUGGCGGGGAAUUUGAAUAUCAAUUUCUAAAACAAAAACGUGCUUAUUAAUUGGUCAAAAAUUAGUAAAACAAACGAGAAAAUAUAGCAAAUCAGUAGACUAGACAUUAAUUGAAAGCGUCCUGGCAUUUAAAGUAUGGAAUGAAAUAUAAUUCAUGUAAAAAAUUGUUGAUUUUAACGGACACGACUUCGAAAAUUUUUGCAAAAUUAUUCAAAACAAAAAUUCAAACUAAAAAGUUAAGAAAACUCUGGAAAAGUUAAGCUUCUUAACCCACUCAAAUUGUAGAAUAAAUCCUAAAGUUUAAUUAUUGUGAACACGAAAAUUUUUUAUAUUUGGCGACACACUUUUUUUUAAAGAAAUGUAUCUCAAACGAAAAUUCGGAAAUUGUCGUUGCUUAGUUGAUAAACAAAAUGUUUCAGACGAUAAAUUUGUCAACAAUCACCUUUAGUUCGUGUUCUUGUGCAAUACAAUUUCUUGAAACUUCUGGCUGUAUUUAUUCCUAGUUUUUAGAAUGACAUGUUUAUUUUUGCGCUCGAAAUCUGGCUGUAAAGACGCACAAUGAAGUCACUCCUUUUUACCGCCAUUUUAAGCCUUCGGAAACGUUCGGAACAGCUUCUCAUCAAGUUUGCAAUACUAUUACAGGUAAGGUUGAUGCAUGCGCAGACGUUUUUCCGCGUUGUUGGGAACUGUAUAUUUCUUCCGUGGCUUCGGUGGCGCAGACGCGCAGUGGUCAGAGUAAGUGCCUUUCACCUCUGAGAUCGUGGGUUUGAUUCUCGCUACGGACUCAUGUGAAAAGAGUCAGUCAACGCUCUGCCGAAAGUCGUGCGUUUUCUCCGGGUGCUCCGGUUUCCUCCUACAGGCCUUCGACUCUGUGAACCAUCAUAAACUUAUAUUCAAGCUUAAACUAUUCGGUAUAACUGGUAAACUACAUGACUGGUUAAAGGACUAUCUCUCGAAUCUUUUCCAGCAGACCACAGUAUUAGGGGCUACCUCAAUGCCCUUACCUGUCCUAUCUGGAGUACCCCAGGGUUCUAUAUUGGGUCCCAUACUAUUUCUGAUUUACAUCAAUGAUAUUGUUGAAGUGGUCCAUCGGGACUCUGGGAUGGCGUUGUAUGCUGAUGAUAGUAAAUGUUUCAGAGUCAUAAAAUCGUUAAACGACUCGCUCCUUUUACAAUCUGACUUAGACAAUCUGUCAUCUUGGUCUAAGUCAUGGAACAUGGACUUUAACGAGACAAAGUGUGCCAUAGUGUCAUUCACCAGAAAGCACCAUCCAAUUAUUCAAUCAUAUUCACUUAAUGGAUCCGAGCUACGAAAAGUCAACGAACAGAAGGAUCUCGGAAUCCUGACAACCAGCUCUAUGGAAUGGUCAAGUCACGUGGCUGCUGUAUGCUCUAAGGCAAACCGUACACUUGGGUACAUCCGCCGUUGUUCUGCGGAAAUUGGUAGCUUAAACGCGCGUCGCACUCUCUACACCAGUCUGGUAAGAUCCCUGUUUUCGUACGGAUCCCAAUUGUGGGCUCCUCAGAAAAUCAAAUACAUAAACAUGAUGGAAAGGGUACAAAGGCGUGCAACAAAAUUUUUACUGAAACUACCGUUUCGCACAAAGGUUUCAUACCAAACACGGCUGUUAAAGCUCGGCCUUUUACCACUUACUUACUGGCUAGAAAUUCUUGACUUGGUUUUUUACUUUCGUACAUUAAAGGGAGAAAUUUUUCCCGACAAUAAUGGCUUGGUCCAAAUUAAACAACAAAUUCGUAUUUCGCGUCAUAAUAACCCUCAGUCAGGUGUUCUCGCCGAGAUACCUCGUGCUAAAACAGUAUCAUUCCAGAACAGUUUUUUUGUCCGCACAAGCAGAAUAUGGAACAGUCUAACACCAGUUGAAAGGGACUUGUCUCAAAGUGCUGCGACUUUUAAACGUAGCCUCACGAGGAAAUAUAACGGGCUACUUAGAGAUGUCUACGAUCCCGACAAUGCUGUAACUUUAAAGUCGAACUGCGUGAAAUGUCACGUGAACAGAGAACUAGCACACGUUCUCCAAAAACCGUGCUGUUUUUAACUAAUGUAACCAGUGAUGUAACUUAGAAGUAUAUCAAGGCUCAUCGUAAUUGGCUCCCGUGGAUAUUAUCCUACGGAGCUGUGAUGAUAACCCAGCCAUGUAUUAGUGUAUGUAUUGUCAGUAUCGUAAAUUCGUAUUGUUUGUAAUGGCAAAGCAUUUUAAAUAAAUAAAUAAAUAAAAGUCGACAGGGUGGGUGUGGGAUAAAUACAAUUAAGAAAGCAAUAUCACAAUUGUUGUAAAGAUAACUCAAAGUCUAGGCUAAGUAUGUGAUUGUGAAAAAGGUAGACCUUGAGGUUAGCCCUAUAUUCAGGUCACCGUAUUUGAAUCUAAUGUAGUAUAAAAGGUUAUAAAAUAUGUACAGAUGUCCUCGAUGUUACGAACUUAAUACCAAUCUUAAUGAAUGUUUAUGUACUUCUUGAGCCUUGCUUUAAAUGUUCUUAUAUCAGGCUCGUUACCGCAAUUUACCACAAUACUUGGCAAAUCAUUCCACAGUUUAAUUACUCUAAGGAAAAGAGUACUUGUGACAAUCGAUAACUAUACUCUAGUAAACUUAGUUUGCAAUUUGUACGGAUGGUUAGCCCUAGUUUUCUUACUCUUACAAUGUUCAAAAUAGUCGCUGAAGUUUAGACCGUUUAAAUUAAAGACAGUUUUAUAACAUUCGAUCAGUGAGAAGUAUUCUCUUCUUCUUUCCAAUGAAUUCCAAUAACUCAAAGUCUAGGCUAAGUAUGUGAUUAGGUAAGUGUAAUAUUUAAUGUAAAGCGUAUGCAGUUUCCAUUUAGUCGUCAGUUGUAUCUGGCACGACAAGCGGUAGAUGUGAAAUAGUCUAAUAUAAUAAUAGUAUUUUUGUGUGUUAUAUGCAAAUCAGUCUUAUGAUUGCAGAGUUUUGUUGACACUCUAUUACAUCCAUAGAUAUCUUAUAUACACUCUUAGAUAAACUAGAUAUAGUGCCUCUAAUUAUUCUGCAAUUCAAAAAUUGAAGCCGUGAUUGCAGUCUCAGGUCGUUCCCAUGAAAUGAAAUGAGAAGAUUCGUAUGUUUUCUAUUUGUUAAACAGGGAACUUAAACAUUAAGUUAACCCUAUUCCAAAUACGUUUUUAAACUAUUCAAAUGAUGAAAGUUAUUGUUGUUUUUAAGCGUUUAUUAGCAAGUGGGAACGACCAACAUGGCUGCCAUCUAUUCAAAUGGGGGUAACCGCUGGAAUAUUCUUGGCUUCAAUUUUAUUAAAAGAGAUGCGCUAUCUAGUGUAUAUAAGAUAUCUAUGGUCGUAAUGAAUGAGUGUGAGCUAGGUAAGUCAGGGGUAUAGGCUGUAGCAGUCAGGUAGAGGUACGUCUUGUGUAGGUAUGAUUUAGUAAAGGUGGGGAAAGUGUCGCAGCAGUUGGAAGGAACAAAUUUACAUAAAUAGUUCCAUAGUUUUCAAUCCUAACGAAGUAAGAACUGUGAAGAACUUUACAUGAUGAAAUAAAGCCACUAAAGCUUGGGUUCAUAUAUAAUUAAUUAGCGUGCGAUGAAUCUGCUUGUGUACCGAAGUUUGGGAUUUCUUUUUUUCUCAGUCAAGUAUGUGGAACUCUUGCUAUACUUACAUUAUUUACAUAUGACCUUUCCAAGGCUAAUUAAGGUAUUGAGACCUUUCCUGCCAAUAUUGCAAAGUUAAUGCACAUUGACAAAACAAACAUUGUCAGUCCCACUUCUUAAUGCUGUAAACAACGCCGAAACAACUUUUGCUAUGUCUUGCCAGCGACAACUAACGACCAAAUGGAAACUAGGCUUAAAGCGCAUUCGAUCCAGCAUGAGCUCCACCUUUGAAUUUACUAUAUGAGUAAAUUCUUAAAGGGUAUGGGCAAUGAAAAUUGCUUCAUCUAUCUUAUUGCUUCAUCUGAAAGAGCAUGAAAAAAUAAGCCGAUUGGCCGUUUACUGCUGUAUUCUAUCUCAUCUCGUUCCGAAGUUAUACGCAAAAAUGUGCAAAAUAUAAAUUGCUGAUUCAGCACAAUGUGUGACGUCAUAAGCUGGGUAAGUAUGUUUAUUGAAUAGUAAACUAAAGCAUAGCUGAGUUAUUAUUGGCUCAAAUCAAAUGAAAUUUUGCGUACAGAUAGUACAUGAUGAGACGCAUGGGAAAAUACUUCUAAUUUCGUUGUCAAGGCAACACAGUCGUUCCCAGGCCCCUUACACCGAUUUUGAAUAACUAGUUGCAUUUCUCUAUGUGUAUGUCUUUUUCGAAUUAUUAUCAUGCAAGUAAACUUUCGGCAUGCAUACGUAUCGUACACAUACUUCUGAUAUUAUUAUAUUUUUAUCAGUACCUUGAAUAAAGCUGUAUUAUAAAAUUGGCGCAAGGGGCCUGGGAACGACAUUGUUACCUUGGCAACAAAAUUAGAAGUGUUUUUCCAUGCGUCUCAUCAUGUACAAUCAGUAUCCAAAAUUUCAUUUGAUUUGGGCCCAUAAUAACUGAGCUAUGCUUCAGUGUAGUAUUCAAUAAACAUACUUACCCAGCUAAUGACGUCACACGUUGUGCUGAAUCAGCAAUUUAUAUUUUGCACAUUUUUGCGUAUAACUUCGGAACUAGAUGAGAUAGAAUAGAGCAUUAAACGGCCAAUCGGCUUAUUUUUUCAUGCUCUUUCAGACGAAGCAAUAAGAUAGAUGAAGCAAUUUUCAUUGCCCAUACCGGUACCCUUUAAACACGUCCAAAUUUAUCAUUAUGAUAAAUUCGCGGCAAAUUUUGAAUUUAUCAUAAUAAUAAAUUCGCGGCACCUAACACUAACCCCAACCCUGACCACUAACCCCUAACCACUAACCCCUAACCCUCAUUUUUUAAACUUUUUAAAUUUUUUUAACUUUUUUAAAAAUCUAACUUUUUAAACUUUUUUUUGCUUUUCAAAACUCUUUUAAAACUUUUUUAAAAACUAUUUUUUUAAAAAAAACAUGAAAAACUCCCCACCCCCGCGCGACCAGCCUCCCUUUUGUGGUUUUAUGAUUAACUCUAUUGAUAAAUUCAAAAUGUGCCGCGAAUUUAUCAUAAUGAUAAAUUCGGACGUGUUUAAUUAAGAAUUUACUCAUAUAGUAAAUUCAAAGGUGGAGCUCAUGCUGAUUCGAUCGUAUCCACAUGUAAAAUUGCGCUAUAGAAGUUUUAAUGGUAUAAUCGUAAUUUCUCAGAUCGCUCGUUAUCUAUAGGUAUAUUUUUCUCUAACAUGUAUGCAUAAGUGGUCAAAACUCCAUUUGUGAUAUUUUGAAUAUUUAUAGCUCUCAAAGUAUCAAAGGAAAUGGGGUACGUUAAAUGGAGUGAGUUCACGUGUGAAUACAUUGAGCGGUUAUCGCGUGUUAUUGGACACAGGGUUAGUCUGUGAUAUAUUAUUUUAGUGAUCAAAAUUUUCUUUCUGCGGAAAAUGUUCUUGAGUGGAAAUGGGCCUUAAUUAAGUGUGAAUACAAUUUAAUUUGACCAUCUAGGGUAGCACCGUAUGAAAUAUUUACUGGAACCCAUGCAGCAGUGAGCUCUUUAUAUAACUGGAGUAAUUUUUAAGGUUUUGGGAUACCUUCGGUCUCAGUCCUUUGCACAUUUCAUCAACUUUAUAAAUCGAAACCGCGUAAUUGGCGAGCACUAUAUGAACCAUAUUUGGCCUGACUUUUCCCCAGGAAAUUGACUGAAGAUCUUAUUUGAGCUAUAUACUAUGAUGGAAGUCAGUUAAGGUGCAACCACUGAAACCAUAAGUCAAUAUCUGCCAACCUUGUCUUUACUUCCUAUUCGCAUAGUUUUUUGUCAAUUACGGCAAGGUUGGAUUUGGAAAGGCAAUUACAAAACAAAAAUAUAAGAUAAGACAAAAUGAGGUAGACAUGAUUGUGAAGUAGACAAACAAGACUACAGACUAGCUCCUUGCUGCCGUAGCUCUUAUCGUGAUCAACGCGCUUGAUCAACGGUCACACCCUAAACCAUGUCCAAAGGUCGAUGAUCGCAAACCCCUACCAAAUCCCCCAUGCAGUAAGAUUAUUAAAAUUGGUCUAGUGGAACAAAAGUUUUGACUGUCCAAAAUAAGGUGUCAUGAAACCUAUUGAUACUUAACGCAGCUGAUGCAUGAUUUCAAUGGUCCAUUGGGUGAACCAGACUUUAUUUUAAAACAGCCAUAACGUUGGUUUUACUAGACCAAUAUAUUUUAAUAAUUUUAGUGUCAAAAUCCCUCUCCUAGAUUAAAUUUUCGAUCGUAAAGAAAACUCCUUGAUAAUAGAUAGAAUACGAAAAGGUGUGAGUAAUACGAUUACAUAGAUAUUUUGUAAUGCACUAGACGGGCUUCCAUUCAUUGAAGCUCAUUGAUACCAGUGUUUUUACACUGAAGGAAUAACUCUGUUUAAAUAAGUUUAUUUCAAUCAAUUUUAAUUCAGACACUGCACGUCUCCCAAAAAGUUACACUUUCUAUUUCUUAUCUUUCCAACAGUUUGGCUUGAAAUGCAAGUGGAAUGACCAAGUUGUUAAGUUGGAAACCUUUGGUGAAGGUAGCACUUUGCCUCCUGGUAAGAUAUCAGAUUGGUCAAAUUUCAAACUCUUCGAUCAUUGUUUUCUGAGUUUAGAAGUUCCUCCCCCAGUUAUCCUUUAUCCUAAGAAAGCUGAUUGAUAGGGAUACAACUACCUAAAAAUACAAAGAGAACUUCGACGUGUCAAGCGAAGGCCCUUCGUCGGGGCUCCGAAGGUCGAAGUUUUCAAGGUGUUAGCCAGAAAAAAAGUUUUGUCCGUUAAACGUAAAUUGGGAAAGUUUUUUUGACCGAUCAAAGUCCUUUUGGCUUGUGUAGGAAUAAAUAGUGUUUUUUCCAACGUGUUUCUCCUUAGAUGCAAACAACGGUAGCUAAUUUGCACAUCUCAUUUCCGAUCCGGUGAAUGAACAUACACCCGAUGGCACUUCGUGUGUAUACUUUACACACCCAAUAUGUAUGAAACGCGAUGCAUUUUGAGAAAAUAGUUAAUGGGAAAAAGUAAAUAAAACGUUCUUUGAUAUAAUAAUAUAAAAUCAAACGCAUUGCACUUUCUCAUUAGAAAAAAUGAAAAUCUUCCAGUAAACCCAGUUCGGAAAGCCCCUUAUAUAGCUACUUCAAUUGGGAAGAGUCCGUCAAACGGACAGUAUAUGGGCUAGCUAACACCCUGGUUCUCCUUGUAUUUUUCAGGUAGUUGCAUCCCUAUCAAUCAACUUUCUUAUUAUUGCUACUGCCUACACUGGCACAAACGAGAUCUUUUAUCCUAGCUUAUCCUAGCUUAUAUAUACGGAUUGUCCACACAAGGCAAGCCGAAAAGUUUGCUUGACCGCAGUGGGAAUCGAACUCCGCGACCUUUGGUUUGCUAGUCCAAUGCUCUCUACCAGCUACGAGGUCAAGUCGGUUCGUGUGGUGAUAUUUCGAAACUCAUUCUGGUUCCUUCGAUAUCUGUUUGUUUUUACGAUCUUGAAACAAGACCAGAAACCAAAAAUUCCAUGCAGAGGCCAGAAACCAAAAAUUCAAGAUCGUAAAAGCACACUGAUAUCGAAGGUGUGGCAGUAGUGUGCAACAAUUUUAAUUAUAAUUUAAGAAGUAAUGGCAAAUUUCUAAGACUGUCAAAACCAAAUACGAACUCUAUGAAGAGAAGUUUUAGUUAUAUGGGGGCUAAGACCUAGAAUCAGCAUCUAAACGAUAAAUUGUAAAUAUUAGGCAUAUAAUUCUAUUAUCUUACUUGUAAAUAUUACAAGGCCCUAUGAAAAUCAAUAUCAAUUGAUAGGUUACCGUGUAUAAAUAUAAUACAAUACAAUACAAUACAAUACAAUACAAUACAAUACAACACAAUGGACUAGAUAGAGUUCCGAAAUAUCGAUCACCCAUUCGAACCGACUUGACCUCGUAGCUCAGUUGGCAGAGUAUUGGACUAGCAAACCAAUGGUCGCGAGUUCAAUUCCCAUUGCGUUCAAGCAAACUUUUCGGCUUGCCCGGUGUGGACACACCAUGCAGAGACAACAUCACAAACAUAUAUCUUCACCUGAGUCGAUAACACCAGAAAUAAGAAACUACAUUUCUGCCAAUUAUAAUAUUCUGGCAUGUGUCUAAUUAGGCAAGAACGCGAGAAGCGAAGGGUAAAUAUAUCAUAGGCUAUAUCGAGUCAGUUUACAUGGCCUAAAUUAUCUCGGGCCCAGUUAGAAGAUACCGGAUUUGCUUGUCACAACAUCGAUUGUAACCGUUUCAGGAACCACUUGACACUUGAAAUUGCAAUUAAAAAAAUAUUAUCAUUGACAAAAUAUGGCAAAAAUUGCGGAAGGGGAAAAUUUAAGAGAGGACAUUUAUGAGGGGGUUUUAGUAUAUACCGGGUGGCCCAAAAAAAAGUACUCCUGUUUGAUUCGUAAUAACUUCUAAACAAGUAAAGUUUUUAAAGAGAAAUAACUUGCAUUAAAUAGAGGAAGGACUAACUUAGAUUUUGAUAUGUUACAGUUGUAUUUAACUUAAAAAUUCACGGAUAUAUUAAUGUUAAAAAUGGGGAGCAUAUUUUGGAAUGUGUCUAAAAUUAGCGAAAAUCGGCAUAUCAAAUAUUAACUCCAGCGUUUGUUUGCUUAAUGACAUAUUAGGCUAACUUGUAUUUCAGCGAAUUAUCGUUAAAGUUUGUAAGGGAUAUGGCGUAGAUUUAGACAUCUUACAUGUAAGUCUUAGCUCAUUGUUUCCUGAAAUAUGAACGUUCGAAAUUAUGCAAGUAUUUAAUAUUAGGUCUUUGAAAACUUAAAUGUACAUGAAAGACUGACCAUGGAAGGCAGGCGCUUAAAUUUUUCGUAUUCUUAAAUAGCCUAAUUUUUUUAUGUUUUUAAUGGGUUCAAACAGACUGAGUAGAUUAUUUCUCAGUUAGAGCAGGAUGAAUAUUCUUUAUUGAAGGAAAUAAUAUUGCUUUUUGCAAAUACACAUCACCGUAUCAACGCUACUAUUUUGUUACGUUUUGUUCCAAAAAUGUUGCAUGUCUCUGGGGAGUUGCUUAAUUGUUAUGUCUUAUGGGGUUGUAUGGUUUGAUUGUGUUUCAUAUAAUUCUCAGUUUACUCCAUGAACUUGCCAAGAUUAAGAAACGGCAAAAGAGUUUGGGUGUUCUUAACAAGAUUCCAGAACGUUGCAGAAGUUAGAAGAGCUUCACAAUUCCGUUGUGACAGCAUGCCCUAAUUCAGAACUACGAACGAUCCAAUGACGAUCCUUCGCGAUGCAUUGGUCUCAUGAAAUAAGGAAACGUAUUCGUGCUAGGAACACACGCGAAUUUCGGACGAAUGAAUCUUGCUUGUAUUUUGUAGAUAUAAUAAUACUUUGUUUCAUAAUAAACAAUUUGUCAAGUGUCAUUUAUUUACUAGUAAUAGUGCAUGUUUCAGUCGGGCAAAUCUUGAUUAAUAUUUGAUACGCCGAUUUUUGCAUAUUUCAGACACAUCCAGAAAUAUCCUCCCGAAUUUAAAGAUUAAUAUCUCCAUGAAUUUUUAAGUGAAAUACAACUGUAAUAUAUCAAAGUCUAAGUUAGUCCUUCCUCUAUUUGAUGCAAGUUAUUUCUCUUUAAAAGCUAUACUUGUUUAGAUGUUAUUACGAAUCAAACAGGAGUACUUUUUUUUGGGCCACCCGGUAUAACAAUAUUAAAGUGCUUAUAUGAUUGCAGAAAUUACUUAAAAUGACCAUAUACUGUAGUAUAUGGUCAUUGGUAAAAUACUUGUAGCUCUCUUCCUUUCCGAGAUAUUCAAUAUCAAGUUAAUUAAUUAUAACGGAUUUCUACUGUAUGAUCUUUGCAAUACAAUCAAGAAAAGAUUGCGUGAAAUUUCGUGUCAUUAGCACUUUAAACUUGACCAAACAUAUGCUCUGCAAUUUAGUUCAUUCUUUCAAAUUCUCCGUCACUUCACAAAACAAAUGUGUUUUGUUUGUUUGUUUGUUUGUUUGUUUGUUUGUUUGUUUGUUUGUUUGUUUGUUUGUUUGUUUGUUUGUUUGUUUGUUUGUUUGUUUGUUUGUUUGUUUUGUUUGUUUGUUUGUUUGUUUGUUUGUUUGUUUGUUUGUUUGUUUGUUUGUUUGUUUGUUUGUUUGUUUUGUUUGUUUGUUUGUUUGUUUGUUUGUUUGUUUGUUUGUUUGUUUGUUUGUUUGUUUGUUUGUUUGUUUGUUUGUUUGUUUGUUUGUUUGUUUUUUCUUCAUGUCCAUUUCACUUAUUUAUUUUGACUUUCUUUCUCCCUCCAUCAAGAAAUUUUCUGGCAACUUCAAAACUUUCUUGAACCAAAUAGUCCCGUGGUCCAAUACUUUUUCACCCCUGAAAUAAAUUGUCAAGUUUCAUGUUUUAUUUACACUCUGUUUAGGUGCUUCAGAUAGCGCUGAAUACGGACAGCCGUUUUACAAUUCCUGUAAAAAUGUUCUUUACAUAAAAUGCAAGGUAAGCAUUAUUUUAAUAUCUGCAUGACGAUUGAAUAUAUUAUAUAUACCAUGUCUUUCUACUGGAUUAUAAUCAGUAUUUUCAGUUUAUUGAAGUUUAUCUUUGAAAAUUUAAACCUCGUAUUCAGAGGAAAUUAUUGAUAUAGGCAUAGCUAUAACCCCCCCCCCCCCAAACAAAAUGUCCUGCACAAAAUGUUCACCCCAAUAUUCGGCAUAAUAAAAAAUAAUUAAAUAGUCCACUCCAAUGUGCAGAGUGUUGAUGAUACAAAAUAAAUGUAAAGGAUGUUGUUUAAAAUCUUUUGCGUGGGUUGGAAUUAAUUAGUCAACCAAUUUGCAUGCCACCACGGCUUUAUAUAUAGCAGAACUUUUAAUUUUAGUUUGCUUUUUAUCUCGUGUUAAGCGUGGACAUAUACCGUAUGUAUAUAGUAUUAGAUAUUGGCUAAUCGUUAAAAGGAUCUCCGGGGACAGAGGUAUACAGUACGUUGUUAUUUUAUUUAGUAAAUGUUCAGUAUGUGGUGGUUUUGUAGCUUUGUGUAUAUAGAUAAUGUAGUUUAUUCUUUGUAUAGUUUUUACGUACUGUCGAAGGGCAACGAAAUAUAAGAUAAAAGAUUGGUUAAAAUCAAAGCGUACGUUGUCUGCCAACGGUUCAGUAAACCACAGCCGCAUCUCAAGUUCGAUCCUUUAUAGUAAAAACUCUCCCGAACGAACGAUGCUAUAAGAAUAUUUAUCUGGUCUGAUGAACAAUGCCGUAAAGUUGUUUAUCUGCAUGGUCUAAUGAACAAUACUGUUAGAGUUGGUAUUAAUAUGUCUGACCUUCAAGAGAAUACAGAUUCACCGCUUCUCGCGGCUAAAAGCCCUCGCGAUGAAAGGAAAGAAGACAUCGUUAGCCAUCAAAGCGAACCUGGUCCUAGAAUGAGUCAACGUUCAAGGGUACCGACUAUUAAGGGAAAAGAAUACCAAGAUUAUCAGUUACAACGGGACUAUAUGACUGCAGUAAGAGCAUGGCGAAAACAAGCAAAUAAAGCCGAGGCGGUGUUACUAGACUCUAACGAUGUAGACCUUCUACAGCAAGAGCGAACGAAGCUUGAUUCCCGUAUGGACGAUCUUUCAGAUGCUCAUAUUAAAUAAAAAAAAUAAAUAAUAAUAAUUUAUUAAUUUAUAAAGCGCUAAAUACUAUAAAUAUUCUAAAGCGCUAUCAUUACAAAUUCAAAUAAAAUGUUAUAAAGUAUGAGAUGAUACCUAUAUAUACAUGUUUAGAAUUUACUAUUAUAUUUAAAGAUAAAAUGCCUUUUUUAAAAAAGAAAGGUUUUAAGUCUGUUUUAAAAAGUUUCCACUGUUGACGCCUCACGAAUGUCAGCGGGAAGUUCAAAUUUACUAUUAUAUUUAAAGAUAAAAUGCCUUUUUAAAAAGAAAGGUCUUAAGUCUGCUUUUAAAAGUUUCCACUGUUGACGCCUCACGAAAUUCAGCGGGAAGUUCAAAUUUACUAUUAUAUUUAAAGAUAAAAUGCCUUUUUAAAAAGAAAGGUCUUAAGUCUGCUUUUAAAAGUUUCCACUGUUGACGCUUCACGAAUGUCAGCGGGAAGUUCAUUCCACAAAAAUGGACCAGCCUUGGCAAAAGCUCUGUCGCCAAACGUUUUCCUCAUUGUCUUAGGAACUAUUAGCAAAUUUUGCUCAUUCGAGCGCAGGCUGUAGCAACCAAUAUGCUUAGGUGUCAGAAGGUCUGAGAUAUAAGGCGGUACAUUAGCGUGAAGAGCCUUGUACACCAGCAACAAAAUCUUGAAAAUCACCCGAUACCGUACAGGAAGCCAAUGAAGGCCAAUCAAAACAGGAGUAAUAUGAUCGAAUUUGGGGAUUAGACAGACCACACGUGCUGCAGCAUUGAGAACUCUUUGUAACCUAUCAUAUUGAGACUGUGGGAGACCAUAAAACAAUGAGUUACAGUAGUCCAGGUGUGAAGUAACAAAAGCAUGAACCAAAAUCUUUGUUGUAUCUUCUGAAAGGAAUUUCCUUAUCUGCCGGAUAUUAUAGAGGCUGCGAAACGCCUUACUACACACUUUUCCAAUGUGAAUAUCCAUCGACAUAUGUGAGUCAAACCACAUUCCGAGGCUUUGAACCACCUCCACAGGCUCGAUCGUAGAUUCACCAACUGUAAUUUCAUUGAUGUUAAUCUUUGACAUUUGCUGCUUUGAACCGAUUAUAAUAGAUUCAGUCUUGGAAUCAUUUAUCAAGAGACGGUUAGAAAGCAUCCAGGCACGAAUGUCAGCAACACAGUUUUCAAUACUCUUUAGUGCAGCAUCUUGCGAUAAAGAUGUAUCCGGCCGAAACGAAUGAUAAAUCUGGGUGUCAUCUGCAUACGUAUGUGCAUUGGGAAGAUGUUUGUCAAUAACCUUAAAUAACCCAGCCACAUAGAGUAUGAAGAGGACAGGGCCAAGGCAGCUACCCUGCGGAACUCCCGAUUGAAGAUUGAAAACUUCCGAUUCAUGGUCUUUAAUUAAAAUUGUUUGUUUUCUCUCGGAUAAAUAAGAUGUUAGCCAUUUGAGGGCAUUUCCAGUUACGCCAAAGUCUUUUUCAAGUGUCUCCAGUAAGAUUGCAUGGUCGAUAGUAUCAAAUGCGGCACUUAGGUCGAUAAGCACAAGAAGCGUAACCUCCUGCCGAUCCAUACUGAGGAGAAUGUCGUUCUGGACUUUUAGUAAAGCUGUUUCUGUUGAGUGAUUUUUCCGAUACGCUGAUUGAUACUCGGGAAAAGGGGCAUUUUCAGCACAAUGUAUAGAUAACUGAGAGAUCGUUGCCUUCUCAGCAGACUUGGCAACAAAUGGCAGGUUGCUUAUAGGUCUGAAGUUUUCAAACAUAAAAUCAAGCCCAAAUUUCUUCAAAAGAGGUAGAACUAGCGCUAUUUUCCAAUGAUCGGGUACAAUUCCUUCAGAGAAAGAGAGAUUAAUGAUUUCAGCGAUGAUUGGGGCCAAUUCAUGACAACAGAGUUUAACCAAUGAUGUAGGAAUAGGGUCCAACUUACUGGAAGCAUUCGAAGAUUCAAGGAUAAUCCUCCGAACUUCAUCCUCAGAAACCGAAGAAAAUUCAUCCAAUUUCACUUCAGGCAGAUGAAAUGGAACAUUAGGUGGGUUAAUGGAAAUCUUGUCAAUCUUUGAUUUCACGAGUUCAAUUUUCUUACAAAAGAACUCACCAAACUCGUUAGCAAGGAUGGAAGGAUCGCGAUUUUCAGGAAACUCCUCAACUAGACGUUCUUUGCUCAAAGAGUUCACAAUUUGGAAUAAUUUUCUAGAAUCACCAGCAGAUUUGUCAAUAAGGUUGGAAUAAAACAUUUUUCUGGUGUCAUUCAAUAUAGCACUGUAGUCAUCGCGUACCUUACGAUAAGCAUUCUUAUCACAUUCAAGUUUCGAUUUAAGCAUGAUUCUUUCCAGUUUCCUACGUUUAGCUUUCAGCUUCUUUAAACUAUCAUUAAACCAAGGAACCAUUGGUCGAACAGUCAUAACUUUCGAUUUCAAAGGAGCAUGCUUAUCGAGAAUAGAACGUAGGGUAAUAUCAUAGCAUUUUGACAUAUCAUUAACACUUGACCAAGUUUUCUGAAAUAGAUCUGAGGCGCAUAUAUCAGCUUUAAAGGCAUUGAGGUCAAUAUGUUUAACUUUGCGAUAGCAAACUUCUUUAACUAGGAUGUUUGGGCGAGGAAUAUCCAACAAACAUUCAACAAAAAAAUGAUCAGACAAAGCAAACGUCGCCAAAGGAGAGGUGAUUGUGACAUCAUUGAUUGAUCUAGUGAUAAUCAAAUCAAGGGUAUGACCUGAUGAAUGAGUUGGGACAUGAACAUGUUGGAUAAGUCCAAAAGUAUUCAUUAAGUCCGCAAACUUUUUCGCGUCUGCUUCGGUUGGACAAUCAACGUGAAAAUUAAAAUCACCUGUAAUCAAGAGUACUUCGGGAAUCAUAACGAUGUUCUCCAAGUAUGAUGAAAACUCUUCGAAAAACACAUUUGAUAAAACCGGGUGAUCUUCCGAGUAAGGAGGUCGAUAGAUUGUCACCACUUUAAUGGUUUGCUUGUGCACACAAACAUUCCACUCCGAGAAUUCAAACGAAUUAAAUUCCCCACAGUCACUGGAUUUUGCAUUUAACGAUUCUUUGCACAGAAUACCCGUGCCGCCACCACUUCUACCAGACUGUCUUGGGAAAGAUCUAAACACAAAUCCUGCAGUAGAUAGUCCAGCAGUGCUGACAGAGUCACAUUCCUUCAACCACGUUUCAGUGAUAGUACAUAUAUCAAUACCGCUAUCAACCAUAUGAUCAAUGAUAACGGCGAUCUUGUUCCUUACAGAGCGCGAAAUACGUGUCUGAAGUUACCCCAAGCGAACAGUUUAAUUUCGAUAGUUUGUGUGAUACGCAUCGACGAAUUCUUAGUGAUUUGAAUAAAAAGAUUACCAAUUUGAAAGACGAUCGGAGUUCCGUUAGUUCAAAGCGGUCACGACGAAGCGGGAAAUCUCGAAGGUCGUUUUGAACUACAUCUUCAGCUGCCCUACUCAAGACGGAGAUGACGGUGAAAGCAGCAAGAUUGGAAACGGAACUUAAGUUUCAUCAAAUUGAAAGAGAAAGAUCAGCUGAUUUGAAAAGACGUGAAGAUGAAUUGAAAAAACUUCAGAUGAUGAAAGAGCUUGCUGCUACGCAAGCCGAGAUUGAGGCAGUGGAUCAAGUGGAGAAUUGUUCGAACUCUGGUUUAAAUAUGGACAACGUGUCGAAGCUCGUAGCGGAGGGAGAUUUUCAAGAGCGAGUAGAGCAGUACGUUCAAUCCCAACAAGCCCACAACCCGCAUAAAGGUCUACUUUCUGUUGAUGAGGAAAUAUCUCAGUCUGUUAUUGAUCCGAACAUUGCAAGUCAGCAAAAUUCUGCAGAACAAUUGGUCCGGGAUCAAAAUUUCCAUCCUUCUGCGAUGUCCAAGGAGGGUAUUUCCAAGAAUGUCUUUCCCAGGGGCGGUGUUACCCCUAGUGCGGUCAAAGUCUCCACGCACGAAGAUCCUAUUACAAGGUUGGCGGAUCUGCUAACAGAACGACAGGAUCAUGAUAAACUUCCACGACCUCAACCGGAAGUUUUCAGUGGCGAUUUUCUCCAGUACCCAAUAUGGGUUAAAGCGUUUGAGACAUUUAUCGAAAGAAAAACAAAGUUGUCUUCCGAACGGCUGUAUUAUUUGAGCAAAUUUACAUCGGGCGAAGCCAAAGAGGCGAUUAGUGGUCUCCUGUCACUGGAUUCCGAAGAGGCCUACGUAAAGGCUAAGAAGAUUUUGACGGACAGGUUUGGUAAUGCGUUUCUCGUAUCAAACGCCUAUAGAAAGAAGAUCGAGAAUUGGCCGAAGAUCCCCCCGAACGACGGUCCAGGUCUGAGGCGAUUCUCAGAUUUCCUUUAACACUGCAGGACCGCGAUGGAUAGCAUACAGUGUCUAAACGUUCUGAACGAUCCCGAAGAAAAUCGGAAAUUUCUCAACAAGCUUCCGACACAUCUUGUUAACAGAUGGGUUCGCGUAGUGGAUCGAAGGAUAGCAGAUGACCUUAGCGACGACGGUGAUGAAGAUAGAGCAUCACGAGUUGCGUCUGGAUCGGAUUACCCCACGUUCGCCGAAUUCUGCAAGUUUCUUAAGAAAGAAGCCAGGAUCGCUUGCAAUCCCGUAACCUUUCAACGCCUUCCCAAGAAGGAGGAACCGAACAAGAUACACAAAGCAAAGGUUUUCGCUGUCAAUAGCGUCGCUUCACAGACGACGAAUGUUCCUGAUUCAGAGACAAAGAUUAUUAAGAAAAUAAGUUGCAUAUUCUGCAAAGAAGCACACGAACUUGAUGUGUGUGAAAAGUUUCUCAAAAUCCCAUUGGUCAAGAAGAGAGAAAUAAUCGUUACUAACCGACUGUGCUGGGGGUGUCUAAGAUGGGGCCACAUAAACAGUAAAUGUCGCAGGAAGAGAGUAUGCAGGACUUGUAACGGCUUGCAUCCCACUGCUCUUCAUGGUGAAAAGCGUGAACAGAAGAUAAAGGCGAGUCCAUCAACGCCAAACGUCGCAGAGUCGGAGAAAGACAAGUCGAACCAGGAGAGAACGAUUUCCAAUCGAGUUGAAGUCCACAGAAUGAGCGUAUGUACCCGAUCCCUUUGUCAUUCACUGAUAGUUCCAGUUUGGCUUCAUCAUCAAAUAAACCCGGAACGUCGAGUCAUGGUUUACGCCCUUUUGGACGAGCAAUCAGAUGCCUGUUUUAUCAAGGACUCAAUAUUGAAUAUUCUUGAAGUCGACGGUCCAGAAGUACCACUUGAACUUUCCACAGUGCUCUCUCACGAAGUUAUCAAGUGUCAGAAAAUCACUGGUCUGGUUUGUCGUGGCAUCAACGAAACUGUAGAAGUAUCUCUACCGAGAACGUAUACGAGAAGUCAGAUUCCAGCCAGAUCAGAGUCCAAGACCCGAGACAGCCCGUAUGUGGCCGCAUCUGGAAAAGAUCGCGGAGAAAAUAAUGCCGUAUCGAAGUGAUGUAGCAGUUGGCCUUUUGAUAGGAACGAGUUGCGUACGAGCGAUAAAACCACGAGAGAUAAUCACCGGAAAUGAUGAUGAUCCUUACGCUAAGAGAACAAUUUUGGGUUGGGGAAUCGUUGAUACGGUCGAACCUGGUGAAAAUAAAGAUGUUGAGGAUAGUCAGGUAAUCGUGAAUCGAACAUUAUGCGGGGAAACCCAAGUUGGUAAAGAUAGAAAGGUGUGUCAUCUGGCUUUCAAGACCCAGACGAAAGAAAUCCUUAGCGCAAAUCAGGUGAACAAAAUGUUCGAGUUGGAUUUCAGUGAUCGAGAGAAGGGUAAAUCACUUUCGUACGAAGAUCGUUUAUUCAUCAAGAAGAUUGAGGAGGGAAUACACCAACGUGUCGACGGUCAUUACGAAAUGCCUCUACCAUUUAAGGACGAGAACAUUAAACUUCCAGAUAAUAGGAAGCAAGCUUUCGCCCGCCUUCAGAAAUUGAAACAACGUCUGAAAAAGGACAAGAAAUACCACCUGGACUAUUCGAAGUUUGUUUCUGAUACCAUCGAUAAUGGGUAUGCAGAACGAGUUCCUGAAGGAGAGCUGAGUCUCAAAGAUGGUCGAGUCUGGUACCUAUCGCACCAUGGGGUCUAUAAUAGCAAGAAACCAGAUAAGAUAAGAGUCGUUUUCGACUGCAGUGCUGUGUACGAAGGAGAUUCUCUGAAUCGAAACCUACUUCAGGGUCCUGACCUAACCAAUAAUCUGUUGGGGAUAUUAUGUCGCUUCCGCCAGGAUAGUACCGCCCUUAUGUGUGAUUUGGAAGCUAUGUUCCACCAAGUCAAGGUUAAUGUGGAAGAUCGUAAUUUCCUUCGUUUUCUGUGGUGGAAGGAUGGCAACUUAGACGCUGAGCCUGUCGAAUAUCGAAUGUCAUCGCAUCUAUUUGGAGCCACCUCAUCCCCUGGUUGUGCUAACGUUGGUUUGAGGAAGACUGCUGAUGACUAUGAGAAGAUCUGUGGUACCGAAGCUGCUGAUUUUGUAAGAAAUAACUUUUACGUGGACGAUGGUUUAAAAUCCGUUCCUUCACCUAGUGAUGCUAUUUCUUUGAUCGAAAGUACGGAAACCCUUUGCAAGAAAGGAGGAUUUCGUCUCCAUAAGAUUAUAUCGAACAGUCAGACAGUGAUAGACACAAUUCCACCCGACGAUCGUGCGAAGGGUAUCAAAGACCUGGUUCCAAGUCGUGACGCGCUCCCUAUCGAGAGGGCUCUUGGUGUCCAGUGGUGUGUGGAGUCAGACACUUUUCAAUUUAGAAUUGAAUUGUCAGAUCGACCGUUGACGAGACGAGGUGUCCUGGCUACAGUCAGCUCGGUGUUUGAUCCCUUGGGGGUCCUUUCUCCAUUUGUCCUACUUGGAAAGAAAAUUCUACAGCAGUUAUGCAGGGAAGCUAAGGAGUGGGAUGAAAAAGUGCCAGAGUAUCUGGUGCCAGAAUGGGAAAGAUGGCGGAAAGAUAUCUGUCUUCUAGCACAGUUGAAGAUUCCUCGGUGUUACAAACCUGAUGGUUUUGGUGAGAUCGACGUUGUCGAGUUGCACAACUUUUCUGACGCAAUUGAAGAGGGAUAUGGUCAGUGUUCAUACCUAAGGCUCAUUGAUCAUACUGGUAGAAUUCACUGCUCGCUGGUGAUGGCAAAGUCUCGUGUCGCGCCAUUGAAAUCCGUAACUAUUCCAAGGCUCGAGUUAACGGCUGCUUUGGUGAGUGCGAAAGUCGGCACUUCACUUCGAAGAGAGCUAGAUUACAACGAAAUUAACGAAAUAUUUUGGACGGACAGUAGAGUUGUACUCGGGUACAUUUUUAACAAUGUGCGACGGUUUCAUGUCUUCGUGUCAAACAGAGUGCAGCAGAUUCGUGACCUGACUUCAGUUGAUCAGUGGAGAUAUAUACCAACGAAGUCCAAUCCAGCCGAUUUCGCCUCUCGAGGUCUGGAUGCCCAACGUCUUCUCGAUAAGAGAGAAUGGUGGUUUGGUCCGGAUUUUCUCUGGUCGAAUUUUGAUCCUGAUUAUGGCAGGAUUGACGAGGACAAUAACAUCGCUGCCGUCUGCCCGGACGAUCCAGAAGUGAGGAAGUGUUCAGUUAUGAUAACGAGAACUGAAGAGCAUGCUGGUAUAGAAGAGCGUUUGAACCGUUUCUCGAGCUGGUUCAAAGCAAAACGAGCGAUUGCAAUUUGCCUUCGAUUUAAGGAGAUUCUCUUGGCCCGUCUGCGAAAGAGAAAGUUAUCUGGAGAACAGUCAAGUGACUCAAGCGAGGAAAGUUCCAGAGUUAUCGCUUGUAAUCCAGUGAACGUCGAUGAACUGAACGAAGCUGGAAAGGAAAUUAUACGAGCUGUACAACGAAAGUCAUUUAUCAAGGAAACAUUGUUACUCCACCAGAGAAACGUCGAAGAAUCGCUUCCGAACGUUGAAAGAGGGAAUAAAGAGAGCCAUGGGGUCCCGAAAUCCAGUUCUUUAUUUCGACUUGAUCCAAUUCUUGCGAAAGAUGGAAUUAUACGAGUCGGUGGACAGAUUAGGCGUGCGAAUAUGCCAUUGGACGUUAAGCAUCCGUGUAUCCUCCCGAAAAAGGGACACGUGACUGAAUUGAUCAUAUGUCAUUUUCAUCAGAAAGUCGCUCAUCAGGGACGUGGAAUGAAUGAAUGAAUAGUUUGUUUAAUAAAAACAUCAUCUGGCAGUCAGAAGACUGAAUUACAUGACGUUAAGUGUUACAAGGUUAUAAAUAGUAAAAAAUUCUAUAUUACAAUGCAAUUUAGAAAUUGUUAAUAUAUACUAUAUAUCAUAUACUUAAAUGUACUAAUCUAUAUGAGUUAAAAAUUCUAAAAUAUUCAAGGAACAUCUGAUUUGUAAUGUUUCUUAGCAUAAAAGUUGAUAAAAGAGUUUCCGAAACGAUUUGUACUUGCUGGUGAAACUUCAAAAGAUCUUUCUUUUCGUAAUUCUCUAUUGCCUGCUUUGGAUGGUAAAAGUUUGGCAAGUUUAUGAUCAUCAUUUAAAACAAUGUCGUUGAAGAGAUUAUUGGAUAGAUACUCCCGUCUGUUUUCAAGAGUAGAAAUACCAGCGAUGUUAAGAGCCUCGUCGUAAGACAAUUCAUAGAAUAUUAUUUUCAUUGCUCGCUUCUGUAUACGUUCAAUGUUUUUUGCAAGAUUUCGUGGCAGGGAACUAUGGAAUAAUUGGCACGCAUAUUCGAGGACAGACCUUAUACAGCUGCAAAAAAAUUUGACCAAAUCUGCCGAAGCGACAUCAGCACGUUUGAGUUGCCUCAACAAAUAUAAACGUUUAGCUGCUUUGGAGACAAUUGAAUUUACAUGGUCUAUCCAUUUAAGGUCAUUUCUUAAUAUAACUCCAAGCGAUUUGAUACUUGUCACUCUUUCCAAAUUUCGGUCACCAAUACGUAUAGGUUCAAAAACAGGUGGUAAUCGUGAAAAGGAUAUUACCAUUUCUUUGCAUUUAAAUGGGUUUAGUUGAAAGGAAUUGUUCAUAGACCAAGUAGUAAUAUCAUCGAUAUCCAUUUGUAAAGUACUUUGUUCGUUUUUUUCAACAAUUUCAGAGACCGUAGUAUCAUCGGCAAAUUUCCACAUUUCUGAAAGGUGAUUUUGUAACACAAGGUCAUUUAUCAUGGCUAAGAAUAGCCAAGGCCCAAGUCGUGUGCCUUGAGGGACACCAGCUGGAACUUGGAGCCAGUCUGAGAAACAAUUAUCACUUAGUUUGACCCUUUGCCAUCUAUUACGUAAAAAGUCAAUAAUCCAGUUAACCACACAGGGCUUAAUACCAAGGCUGAAUAAUUUCGCAACUAAUGUGGUAUGAUCCACCAUGUCAAAUGCUUUUUUAUAAUCAAGAAAUACAGUACGAACAGAUGAACCACUUCCAUCUGUUGCACUCAACCAACAAUGGAGCAUCGAUAUCAAGGCAAGUACAGUGGAAGAAUUUGGAAUAAAGCCAAAUUGUUGGGGAUCAACAACCUUUAACAAAAUUGGUUUUACUUCUCUUUCGAUUACAAGACGUUCCGCUAUCUUUGAUAGGGUGGAAGUUAAGGAAAUAGGUCGUAAUUCCCUUUCCAAGUCUUUGACAGUAGAUAUUUUUGGUAAGGGGACCACAUCAGCCAGCUUCCAAAUUUGAGGGACUUUACAACUUUGAAAGGAAGAAUUGAUUAUAUUUGCAACUGGUGAGGCGAGAAUAUCCGAAUAGGUUUUUAAAACCCAAUUGGAAAUACCGUCAGGGCCACUGGAACGCGAUGUACUAAUUUCUUGCAAUUUUCUAGCUAUAGUUGACUCGGUCACAAUAAUAGGCGUUUCAUCGUUGUGUACAAUUACAGCCGUAUCUUCAGAUAAUGGAACAUAGUUCUGUAUCACAUUUAUAAAAACAUUGUUAAUUUUAUUACUGAGGUUUAUGUCUGACCCACAACAGCAUUAGGUCUUCCGGAUUUUGGAUUAUUGGUGGUGUUUCGGCAGUCUCCAACCAUAUUUCCAAAUGUGUGAAGUGUAGGAAAGUAAGGGGCGAGUUGCAGAACUUACCCGAGGAUCGUUUGGAGCCUUCUCCACCUUUUACCUACAGUGCAGUUGAUUAUUUCGGACCCUGGUUGGUCAAAGAGGGACGAAGGAACGUUAAAAGAUGUGGGGUUUUGUUUACCUGUUUGGUUUCGCGUGCUAUUCACCUGGAAACGGCGAUUAGUUUGGAUACGAGUUCUUUCAUGAACGCAUACCGUCGUUUUGUUGGCCGGCGAGGACCGAUACGUCAAUUGAGGUCUGAUCGCGGAACGAACUUUGUUGGAUGCAGGACAGAGCUUCAAGCUGCACUAAGUGAAAUGAACCAAGAGACUGUGAGGCAGAAACUAUUGAAGGAGAACUGGAUAUUGUUAUGGUGGAUAUUGAACCUUAAGAAUUGGAUAUUGUUGUCGUUAACGAUGAAGAUUUGCCUCGUAACCAAUGGAAACUCGCACGAGUCGUGGAAACAUUUCCUUCAGACGAUGCCCUGGUUAGAAAGGUUAAGUUGGCGAUGGCUGACUCCACGUUGGAUAGCAGAGGAAGAAGAAAGCGACCAAUCUCCUACCUCAAUCGACCGGUGCACAAGUUGGUUCUACUGCUGUCGAAUGAAGAGUUUGAAGACCAGGGAUUCCCCGACGAAGGAGCCAAAGUAGAAUUUGUUUCAAAGUACAUUUAGGUGUUAUAAAUUUUAUUAUAUAUAAAACGAACAAAUAAUAGUACUAGUAUAGUAUAAUUAGUAUAUAUAAUUUAGUUUAAUUUAGGUAAAUUGUGGAACAAUUUAGGGGAGCCAUGUAAAGGAUGUUGUUUAAAAUCUUUUGCGUGGGUUGGAAUUAAUUAGUGAACUAAUUUGCAUGCCACCACGGCUUUAUAUAUAGCAGAACUUUUAAUUUUAGUUUCCUUUUUAUCUUGUGUUAAGCGUAGACAUAUACCGUAUGUAUAUAGUAUUAGAUAUUGGCUAAUCGUUAAAAGGAUCUGCGGGGACAGAGGUAUACAGUACGUUGUUAUUUUAUUUAGUAAAUGUUCAGUAUGUGGUGGUUUUGUAGUUUUGUGUAUAUAGAUAAUGUAGUUUAUUGUAUUUUUACGUACUGUCGAAGGGCAACGAAAUAUAAGAUAAAAGAUUGGUUAAAAUCAAAGCGUACGUUGUCUGCCAACGGUUCAGUAAACCACAGCCGCAUCUCAAGUUCGAUCCUUUAUAAUAAACGUAGGGGUACACUCAAAUAGAAAAAGACAGUGCAAUACUCUGAAACUAAUCGCUCCUCGCUUGCAUUCACUGGUUUAUUGGAGCAAUUGUAAAGUCUUGAAACUCUAUUAUCUCCCCUGAAUAGAGUUUGCAGUGUCUUGCCAUGCAAAUAGCUUAAUUGCUUGCAAGGAACGUUUGGAAUUUUUACGAACAUUAUUUUUAGUUUUUAAUUCUUUUAGGAAAUAGUCUUGCCUAGAUUUAAUCUUUACGCCCCAAAUAUUAUUUACAUCGGAGUUGCAUCAUAAAUUGUACUCGGAUUCAAACGACACAAUGUCAAUGACUUUAUAAAAAUAAAAGCAUAUUGUGUAUUGGCCUAUUGGGUUUACACUUUUACAGCUUCAUUUAACUUUAACUCUCUCAAGUCUCAACAGACAAUCGGACAUGCCAAAUCCAUUGAUAUGACAACUUCAAAAAACUUUUUCGAAGCUAGAAAUCAUGAUUUUUUCCUGGGAUACUUUGUUUUCUGCUCUCUAGACUCUCCCUCGCGGCUCUAUAGUGCUCCACCCCUAGAAUAUAGACCUUACUGGGGUUUGGUGACACUUUGUGUUGCUUCAGUCACCUGCUCACGGCUCACCCCCCUAAAAUUUCUGGCACCACCCCCAGUAAAAAAUAUGAAAAUCCGUCUAUGGAUAUAGGUAUCUUAAAGUUACAUCACACGAUAGACGUGCGUUCUGGUGGAUUGGACAUUGCACAACUAAUCUUAGUAGAUGUAAUUUCACCAAAAAGUGUUGAUUACGAAAAAACGUUUGGUGGGCGUUUAGUUAGUUGACCUGCAUGUAUAGGACGAAAAUAUACCAACAGCUUAUUAAUAUCAUUAACUAGACGAAACGUAUGGUUGGGGUUUGUCUGUUAAUUAAUUGACGUGGUAUUAGUAAGCUGAAAACUUCAAUUGUCCACCAAUAAUUAACUAUUCACGCACCCAAGAAUUUUAACGGAACAAAUAUUUAAAAGCAUUUGUAAAAUCAUGAAUAAUUAAUAAGGCCACAAACAAAUCACGAUGCGGUAUUUAGGUCACAUGUGUCACUCGUGUUAGAGGGAUGUUUAUGAAAGUUAACAAUAUUAAUUGAGAAGCAUGGAUGUUUAUGUACUAUUUAAAAAAACGAGCAGGAGUGUUUUAUUAGGUUGCGCGCUCGUGGCUUUAGACCUAAUAAAACACGACCUGCGAGUUUUUUAAAUGGCUUCAAAAACGUUUGCAUAAUAAGCCAAAUCUUUAUAUAAAAAUCUUUAUAUAAAAAUCUUUAUAUAAAAAAUCUUUAUAUAAAAAUCUUUAUAUAGUUUGCAUAACAAUGGUCCUUUGUUAAAGUGUUCUUUAGCUGGUAUAAAGACGUAUAUGCACGUGACUAAUUUCUUACUCAAGAUUGGAUAAUUGCUUCAUGAAUUAUUAAUGAGUUUUUGAAGUACUAGAUAAAACAUGAGCAGCCGAUUUGUAUCUGAUAUACAAGAUCGGAUGCGAAUGUUUUAUAUAGUACUUAAAAAAUGACCCAUCUUAUAAGUUCAUUGGCGAAGUAUUUUAAAAAUAAACAUUGUCUAAGCCGAGAAAAUCAAAGCUGAAGUUUAUGUAAAUCAGGACAAAUCUUUAUCCGAUUUACAAAUAUUGAUUAAACAUUCGUUUCUUUUGUAUUUUCCUCGUGAAUUAUUAAUGAAUUUUUUAAGUGCAUUUAACAAUGGCACGCGCUGCGCGCUCGCCAUUGUAAAUGCCCAUAAAGAUCAACUGCUCAUAUUUUAACAAAUACUUAAAAUUGUUUGCCUAUAAUACUACGCAGAGAAAUGCACUAAUUAUACAUCAAAGUACACGUAAUUUGCAUGUAUAAAGCAAAACAUUUAAUUAAGCGAACGCUGCCACUAUAAAACGGCUCCACUUCGAGAAACAUUAAAUUGACUAGUUUUCCGUUCGAUCAUUUUAACAUAUUUUUAAAAAAAGCCUCGCCGAACCAACGUUAGGGAUUUUAGGGUUUGAAACAAUGCAAAAAUUUGAGGUGUAAAACGAUGGAUCAACGUGCUAAACAGUUCCUGGUCCCAGUGGUACGAUUGUACUUGUUUCGAAUACCCGUAUUUCUGUUUAGUCGCGGCCAAAACAAGAAACGUUUUAGGUAAAUGCCCACCAAACAUAUUUUUUCUUAAUCAGCAUUUUUCUGGCUUCACUGAAAAUUUGAUAAAGCUAAAUCUAAGAUUCGUUGUGCAAUCUACCAGAACGUGCGUCUAUCAUGUGAUUAAACCUUUAAACUACUAAGAUUAUUAUAAUCAUUCAUUAAUUUGUUUUUCCUUCUAGGAUGGUUGGGUUGGUUGGACAUCAUUAAAAAUCCAAUACAGAAAAUCCAUCACAGCCAAAGAAUUUUAUAAUGGUUACCUCGUAGACAAACACACUGGGAAAAUUACGUCAUCACUGUUCCAGGAUAUGGCGUGAUGUCAGCUUUCUCAUAGAGAUUAUAAAUAACACUAGAGGAGAAAUUGUAAUCUUAAUUCAGUAAAAAAAAGGGAACGCGACUAUUGGGGGGCAAAUUCAAGUCCCGGAUGUGUAUUCGUGGUGACGAGUUUCAAAUCAGCCAAUGAGAGUACGAUUUUAUGUCCGGGACUUGAAUUUGUUCCCCCUCCCCCAUUAGCUGCGUUCCCAAUUUUUAAACUCGAUGCUUCCUCUAGUGUUAUUUAUAAUCUCUAUGAGCUUUCUUACGAAUGGGAUUUUAUAUGAAUAAAGUUCUUUAUUGUAUAAACAUAAGUGUUAUAUAGAGUUUUUGGCCACUGAGAAAAAUCGUAUUUAAACACACGUAAAAAAUACGAUAUUUUUGCGUGUGAAAAUUUCAUUUGUUGUAAAACACAUUGCCACGGACGUUUUAUUGUUUUUCACUGAAUUUUGUUUAUAUAAUAAACAGAAAAAUACAUGGGUUCUUGGAAAUACUAGAUUUAUUUCUCGUGUUGAACAUGAUAUCUCACUCGUUCGCUGCGCUCACUCGUGAGAUGUCAUGUUCAACACUCGAAAUAAAUCUGGUAUUUCCGCGCAUCCAUGUAUUAUUCUAUAUAUAUUUCAUUGACUCAGCGAAAGAUAACAAUAUUGAUUCAGUUGUUACAGACUCAUAUAACUUUAAUAUAUGAACAUUUUUUGAAAGACUUUGCUGUAAUAUCUCUAAAUAGUAAAAGGUCUUUUAAAUUAAAUAGAAAAAUAGUUUUUCAUUAGGC